AUGACUAAUCUUAAGGAUUGUGUCAGUGAACUGAAAGAUUGGAUGUACUGCAAUAAGCUAAAACUAAAUCCUCAGAAAACAGAUAUUUUAGUUUUUGGCAUGCCUCAGCAAAUUAAGAAAGUAAAUUUGAUUUCCCUCAAAGUUGAUAAUACUUUAUUUUUUGUCAGAAAUGAUGUACGUAAUCUGGGUGUGAUGUUUGAUAAACAUUUGAAUAUGAGGGUACAGAAUGCAGCAGCUAGGAUUGUUUUGAAGAAAAGAAAAUAUGACCGUAUUACACCUGCUUUAAUUUCUCUACACUGGCUUCCAGUAAAGGAUCGUAUUGUAUAUAAAUUAAUGCUGUUAGUAGACAAAGCCCUCAACGGCCAGUCCCCGAAAUAUAUUAGCGAAGUGUUUCAUCCACAU